AUGGCCUAUUCCCGCCCCAUGCAGCCCACCGAGGCGCUCCUCAAGGUCCGCCAGUUUUUGCAGGAGGACCCGACAGAGGGACAGUCCGCAACAGGCGGCUGGGACCAGGCAUGGAAGGCAGAGACGACGCCUUGGGACGCCGGAGACGUCCAGCCUGCGCUCAGGGAGCUGCUGGAUGAGAAGUGGAGCGAGGUUGGCGUGUCGCUCGACGAGCUCAAGGAUGGGAAGGCGCUUGUUGCGGGUUGCGGGAGGGGCUGCGACGCGGCCUUCAUCGCCACGCACGGAAUCGACACCCUCGGUAUCGACUUGAGCCCUACCGCCGUCGAAGUUGCAAAGAAGCACCUCUCCUCCCAGCCUGACGCUCCCACGAACAUCACCUUCGAAGCAGCCGACUUCUUCGCCUUCCCUCUCCCCUCCAACAAACCCUUCAGCUUCGCCUUCGACUACACAUUCUUCUGCGCCCUCCCGCCUUUGUGGCGCGAGAAAUGGGGAAACAGGUAUGCGGAGGUGGUGAGGCCGGGCGGAUUGCUCGUGUGUUUGGCGUUCCCGAUCGACGGCGAUAGGGAAGGCGGCCCCCCAUACUCGGUCAGCGAAGAAGCCUACGACAAAGUCCUCCUCGCGAACUUCGACAAAGUCUACUCGAAGCAGCCGACGAAGAUGGCGGAGGGCCGCGAGCCGGGAAGGGACAGGAUGAUCGUGUAUCGGAGGAAGUAG